AUGUGCGGAAUUCUCGGUUUAAUCUUGGCCGCAUAUGACGACCCCAAUUCAAUCACAGCGGCGUCGCAAAUACACGAAGCUCUUUACUAUUUGCAACACAGAGGACAAGAUGCCUGCGGAAUCGCUACAUGUGCCGCUGGAGGUCGAAUCUAUCAAUGCAAGGGCAACGGCAUGGCUUCAAGAGUGUUCCAAGAUGGAUCUCGCAUUCAGGAUCUUCCCGGUUUCAUGGGCAUCGGUCACUUGAGAUACCCCACAGCUGGAAGCAGUGCUAGUGCCGAAGCUCAACCUUUCUAUGUCAACAGUCCUUAUGGAAUUACCUUUGCGCACAACGGAAACUUGAUCAACGCUCCAGAGCUCAAGCGCUUCCUCGAUUUCGAAGCUCAUAGACAUAUCAAUACCGACAGCGAUAGUGAGCUAAUGCUCAACAUCUUUGCCAAUGAGCUCAAUGAGACUGGAAAGGCCCGUGUCAAUGAAGAAGAUAUCUUCAAGAGCUUGGAAAGAAUGUAUGGCAGAUGUGUUGGAGGUUGGGCAUGCACAGCAAUGUUGGCUGGAUUCGGCAUCCUCGGUUUCCGCGACCCACACGGCAUUCGUCCCCUCAUCUUGGGUUCUCGAUCAACCGAAACAGGAGCUAAGGAUUAUAUGAUGGCUUCUGAAUCAGUUGCUUUAAAGCAACUUGGAUUCAGCGAUCUCGUUGACAUUCUUCCUGGACAGGCCGUCAUCAUCAGAAAGGGCUCAGAGCCUCACUUCAGACAAAUUGUUCCACAAAAGAACUAUGCUCCAGAUAUCUUCGAGUAUGUUUACUUUGCUAGACCUGAUUCUAUCAUCGAUGGAAUCAGUGUUCAUAGAAGUCGACAAGCUAUGGGAAAUAAACUUGCCGAUACAAUUAGCAAGGUUCUCGGCCCUGAGGCAGUUAAAGAGAUCGAUGUCGUUAUUCCAAUUCCUGAAACAUCCAAUACAUCAGCUCAAAGUGUUUCGAAACGUCUCAAGAUACCUUACUGCGAAGGAUUCAUCAAGAAUCGCUAUGUCUUCCGCACUUUCAUUAUGCCCGGACAAGGUGCUCGUCAAAAGUCUGUUCGCCGCAAGCUUAGUGCAAUGGAGUCUGAAUUUGCGGGACGUACAGUUCUCUUAGUUGACGACAGUAUCGUUCGUGGAACGACCAGUAGGGAGAUUGUAUUGAUGGCCCGUGAGGCAGGUGCAAAGAAGGUCAUAUUUGCUUCCUCUGCCCCACCCAUUACCCACGCUCACAUUUACGGUAUUGAUCUUGCAUCACCUCAAGAACUUGUCGCACAUAACCGUGAUAGAUAUGCAAUUGCUGAACAUAUCGGUGCGGACGAAGUCAUCUACCAGUCAUUGGAGGAUUUGAAGGCAGCAUGUGCAGAACUUUCUCCUCGCGAUCCAAAGACACAAGAAUUUGAAGUUGGUGUUUUCUGUGGUACUUAUGUAACACCGGUUCAAGAUGGUUAUUUCGAGCACUUGGAACAAAUUCGAGGUGAAACUCGUAAGAUGAAGGUUUUGGAGAGUGCGAAAGAAGCUGUCAUCCAUGGCGUAGCAGGAGAAAAAGAAUUCAAUCUCAUCAGCCAGGGAGCAGUAGUAGAUUCAAAGGGUCAGGUAGUUCCCGAUGUCAGCCAAGAUCAGGUCGGCAAUGGAAAUGGAAAUGACAAUGGCAAUGCGAGGCCCAAGCUAGAGUCUAGCGAGUCUAGCACACCUUCGGUCAGAGAUCGUCAAGAUAUCAGUUUACAUAACUUUGCAAGUGACUCUAACAGAGAUUACAACUGA